AGCAGCUACACACUUAAGUGGGACUUAAAAUAUAAAAAGUCAAGCUGUAGUCAAGUUAUUUGUUAAUGCAAUCUUGCCUACUUACUUUGAAUUAUGACAGAGUUGGCUGUAAACACUCGAUGGAUAUUUGCUGUUGUGAAACUUUCUCUACUUUAUGCAACUUUGCUCCAGGACCAUUUUUGUGAAGCUUUAUGCACCAAGACAGGAACCAGGAUGAAAAACAUACUGUUUAUUUCUCCUCAAAAUAUUACGUUCAAUACUACUUUUCCAACAGAUGCUGUCUAUAUAAAUGAGAAUGGAAAUAGGCUGUGUUUCAACCUCCAGCAAAAUAAUGCAGGUUGUUGCUUAAGUAAAGAUUUCGACUGCAGUCCCAAAAUAAGUUUGGCUGGUGAUUGUUACAGACUAACGCUGAGUGAAGCAGCAUUACGCAACCAAGAUGUUGUUGUGUUACAGAAUCCAACAUAUAAUUUUUCAUGUAUGCCAUCAACGUUCUACAACUCAAAAGGUUUAAUGCUGAACAUUCACAACUGCUUAAAAAUGGGUGGACUGACCAUUAGACUUGGCCUGGAUCAGCUGUUUGGAAAUUCAACAUCUGAGAAACUGAUAUGUGAAGAUACAUGGCCAAAAUUCAGGAUCAAAUCUUGUCGAAACAACAAGGAAACUACUACUGCAUCCUGGAGCACCAUAAGCAAUUUGGUUUCUCUAACAACUAAUGUGACAUUGCCACCUAAAGACAACAGCACUUCAACAGGGACUGUACAGACAGAAAGACCACAAACAACCCUAAAUGUCAGCAAUUCAAACAGAUCUGUUUUUCCAACAAGAAAUUUGACAUCAUCACCUACAAAAAACAGCAUUUCAAUGGGGACUGCACAGUCAGAAGGUCAAGAAACAAGCCCCAAUAUCAGCAACUUAAGCAGUUCUUUUGCACAAACAACUCACUUGACGUCAGAACCUGCAAAUGAAAGCACUUCAUCAGGUGCAACAGACCAAGAAACUUUGUUUACAACCCCAAAAUUCAACACCUCCAGCAGUUCCGAUUCUCAAACAAGUAAUGAGGCUUCAAAACUGUCAGAAAACAUCACUUCAUCAGACACUUCAGACCACAAUGGUUUGUCUACAAGCCCAACUUACAGUAGCUCUAGCAGUUCUGGUCUUCAAACAGGUUAUUUGGCUUCAGAAAGUACAAACAGCAUCAAUUCAUCAGGGAAUAUAGAUAAAAAUGGUUUGUCUACAAGCGGGACUUUCAACAGCUCCAGUAGUUCUGUUUCUCAAACAAUUCACUGGACAUUGCCACCUGAAAGCACUUCAACAACUGCAACAGACCAAGAUGGUUUUACAGGCCAAAAUAUCAGCACCUCCAUCAAAUCCGCUUCUCCAACAAGUAAUGAGGCUUCCAAUCGUACAAAUGACACCACAUCAUCGAUGUCACCACCUUCAAAUGAAAGCACUUCAUUAGAAACAACAAAUACAGAUCAUUUGUUCACAACCUCCAAUUUCAGUGACUCAACAAGUUCUGUGUCACAAAAAUAUUUGACAUCAUCACCUACAAAAAACAGCAUUUCAAUGGGGAUUGCACAGUCAAAAGGUCAAGAAACAAGCCCCAAUAUCAGCAACUUAAGCAGUUCUUUUGCACAAACAACUCACUUGACUUCCAAAAGUACAAGCAACAGCACUUUUCCAAGAACAACAGACAAUGACAGUUGGCUUAGAACCUCGAAUUUAAACUCAUCAAGCAGCUCAGUUUAUCAAAAAAGUUAUUUGACGUCACAACCUACAAAUGAAAGCACUUCAUCAGGUGCAACAGACCAAGAAACUUUGUUUACAACCCCAAAAUUCAACACCUCCAGCAGUUCCGAUUCUCAAACAAGUAAUGAGGCUUCAAAACUGUCAGAAAACAUAACUUCAUCAGACACUUCAGACCGCAAUGGUUUGUCUACAAGCCCAACUUACAGUAGCUCAAGCAGUUCUGGUCUUCAAACAGGUUAUUUGGCUUCAGAAAGUACAAACAGCAUCAAUUCAUCAGGGAAUAUAGACCACAAUGGUUUGUCUACAAGCCCGACUUUCAACAGCUCCAGUAGUUCUGCUUCUCAAACAAUUCACUUGACAUUGCCACCUGAAAGCACUUCAACAACUGCAACAAACCAAGAUGGUUUUACAGGCCAAAAUAUCAGCACCUCCAUCAAAUCCGCUUCUCCAACAAGUAAUGAGGCUUCCAAUCGUACAAAUGACACCACAUCAUCGACGUCACCACCUUCAAAUGAAAGCACUUCAUCAGGAACAACAAAUGCAGAUCAUUUGUUCACAACCUCCAAUUUCAGUGACUCAACAAGUUCUGUGUCACAAAAAUAUUUGACAUCAUCACCUACAAACAACAACAUUUCAAUGGGGAUUGCACAGUCAGAAGGUCAAGAAACAAGCCCCAAUAUCAGCAACUUAAGCAGUUCUUUUGCACAAACAACUCACUUGACUUCCAAAAGUACAAGCAACAGCACUUUUCCAAGAACAACAGACAAUGACAGUGGGCUUACAACCUCGAAUUUAAACUCAUCAAGCAGCUCAGUUUAUCAAAAAAGUUAUUUGACGUCAGAACCUGCAAAUGAAAGCACUUCAUCAGGUGCAACAGACCAAGAAACUUUGUUUACAACCCCAAAAUUCAACACCUCCAGCAGUUCCGAUUCUCAAACAAGUAAUGAGGCUUCAAAAAUGUCAGAAAACAUCACUUCAUCAGACACUUCAGACCACAAUGGUUUGUCUACAAGCCCAACUUUCAGUAGCUCAAGCAGUUCUGGUCUUCAAACAGGUUAUUUGGCUUCAGAAAGUACAAACAGCAUCAAUUCAUCAGGGAAUAUAGACCACAAUGGUUUGUCUACAAGCCCGACUUUCAACAGCUCCAGUAGUUCUGUUUCUCAAACAAUUCACUUGACAUUGCCACCUGAAAGCACUUCAACAACUGCAACAAACCAAGAUGGUUUUACAGGCCAAAAUAUCAGCACCUCCAUCAAAUCCGCUUCUCCAACAAGUAAUGAGGCUUCCAAUCGUACAAAUGACACCACAUCAUCGACGUCACCACCUUCAAAUGAAAGCACUUCAUCAGGAACAACAAAUGCAGAUCAUUUGUUCACAACCUCCAAUUUCAGUGACUCAACAAGUUCUGUGUCACAAAAAUAUUUGACAUCAUCACCUACAAACAACAACAUUUCAAUGGGGAUUGCACAGUCAGAAGGUCAAGAAACAAGCCCCAAUAUCAGCAACUUAAGCAGUUCUUUUGCACAAACAACUCACUUGACUUCCAAAAGUACAAGCAACAGCACUUUUCCAAGAACAACAGACAAUGACAGUUGGCUUACAACCUCGAAUUUAAACUCAUCAAGCAGCUCAGUUUAUCAAAAACGUUAUUUGACGUCAGAACCUGCAAAUGAAAGCACUUCAUCAGGUGCAACAGACCAAGAAACUUUGUUUACAACCCCAAAAUUCAACACCUCCAGCAGUUCCGAUUCUCAAACAAGUAAUGAGGCCUCAAAAAUCUCAAAAAACAUCACUUCAUCAGACACUUCAGACCACAAUGGUUUGUCUACAAGCCCAACUUUCAGUAGCUCAAGCAGUUCUGGUCUUCAAACAGGUUAUUUGGCUUCAGAAAGUACAAACAGCAUCAAUUCAUCAGGGAAUAUAGACCACAAUGGUUUGUCUACAAGCCCGACUUUCAACAGCUCCAGUAGUUCUGUUUCUCAAACAAGUCACUUGACAUUGCCACCUGAAAGCACUUCAACAACUGCAACAAACCAAGAUGGUUUUACAGGCCAAAAUAUCAGCACCUCCAUCAAAUCUGCUUCUCCAACAAGUAAUGAGGCUUCCAAUCGUACAAAUGACACCACAUCAUCGACGUCACCACCUUCAAAUGAAAGCACUUCAUCAGGAACAACAAAUGCAGAUCAUUUGUUCACAACCUCCAAUUUCAGUGACUCAACAAGUUCUGUGUCACAAAAAUAUUUGACAUCAUCACCUACAAACAACAACAUUUCAAUGGGGAUUGCACAGUCAGAAGGUCAAGAAACAAGCCCCAAUAUCAGCAACUUAAGCAGUUCUUUUGCACAAACAACUCACUUGGCUUCCAAAAGUACAAGCAACAGCACUUUUCCAAGAACAACAGACAAUGACAGUUGGCUUACAACCUCGAAUUUAAACUCAUCAAGCAGCUCAGUUUAUCAAAAAAGUUAUUUGACGUCAGAACCUGCAAAUGAAAGCACUUCAUCAGGUGCAACAGACCAAGAAACUUUGUUUACAACCCCAAAAUUCAACACCUCCAGCAGUUCCGAUUCUCAAACAAGUAAUGAGGCCUCAAAAAUCUCAAAAAACAUCACUUCAUCAGACACUUCAGACCACAAUGGUUUGUCUACAAGCCCAACUUUCAGUAGCUCAAGCAGUUCUGGUCUUCAAACAGGUUAUUUGGCUUCAGAAAGUACAAACAGCAUCAAUUCAUCAGGGAAUAUAGACCACAAUGGUUUGUCUACAAGCGGGACUUUCAACAGCUCCAGUAGUUCUGUUUCUCAAACAAGUCACUUGACAUUGCCACCUGAAAGCACUUCAACAACUGCAACAAACCAAGAUGGUUUUACAGGCCAAAAUAUCAGCACCUCCAUCAAAUCCGCUUCUCCAACAAGUAAUGAGGCUUCCAAUCGUACAAAUGACACCACAUCAUCGACGUCACCACCUUCAAAUGAAAGCACUUCAUCAGGAACAACAAAUGCAGAUCAUUUGUUCACAACCUCCAAUUUCAGUGACUCAACAAGUUCUGUGUCACAAAAAUAUUUGACAUCAUCACCUACAAACAACAACAUUUCAAUGGGGAUUGCACAGUCAGAAGGUCAAGAAACAAGCCCCAAUAUCAGCAACUUAAGCAGUUCUUUUGCACAAACAACUCACUUGGCUUCCAAAAGUACAAGCAACAGCACUUUUCCAAGAACAACAGACAAUGACAGUUGGCUUACAACCUCGAAUUUAAACUCAUCAAGCAGCUCAGUUUAUCAAAAAAGUUAUUUGACGUCAGAACCUGCAAAUGAAAGCACUUCAUCAGGUGCAACAGACCAAGAAACUUUGUUUACAACCCCAAAAUUCAACACCUCCAGCAGUUCCGAUUCUCAAACAAGUAAUGAGGCCUCAAAAAUCUCAAAAAACAUCACUUCAUCAGACACUUCAGACCACAAUGGUUUGUCUACAAGCCCAACUUUCAGUAGCUCAAGCAGUUCUGGUCUUCAAACAGGUUAUUUGGCUUCAGAAAGUACAAACAGCAUCAAUUCAUCAGGGAAUAUAGACCACAAUGGUUUGUCUACAAGCGGGACUUUCAACAGCUCCAGUAGUUCUGUUUCUCAAACAAGUCACUUGACAUUGCCACCUGAAAGCACUUCAACAACUGCAACAAACCAAGAUGGUUUUACAGGCCAAAAUAUCAGCACCUCCAAAAAAUCCGCUUCUCCAACAAGUAAUGAGGCUUCCAAUCGUACAAAUGACACCACAUCAUCGACGUCACCACCUUCAAAUGAAAGCACUUCAUCAGGAACAACAAAUGCAGAUCAUUUGUUCACAACCUCCAAUUUCAGUGACUCAACAAGUUCUGUGUCACAAAAAUAUUUGACAUCAUCACCUACAAACAACAACAUUUCAAUGGGGAUUGCACAGUCAGAAGGUCAAGAAACAAGCCCCAAUAUCAGCAACUUAAGCAGUUCUUUUGCACAAACAACUCACUUGGCUUCCAAAAGUACAAGCAACAGCACUUUUCCCAGAACAACAGACAAUGACAGUUGGCUUACAACCUCGCAUUUAAACUCAUCAAGCAGCUCAGUUUAUCAAAAAAGUUAUUUGCCCUCUCAACCUGCAACAUUGGCGACUACAACAUCAAGCCCAACUUCUGGUUUGCCCUCACAACCUGCAACAUCGGGGACUACAACAUCAAGACCAACUUCUGCUUUGCCCUCUCAACCUGCAACAUUGGCGACUACAACAUCAAGCCCAACUUCUGGUUUGCCCUCUCAACCUGCAACAUCGGGGACUACAACAUCAAGCCCAACUUCUGCUUUGCUCUCUCAACCUGCAACAUCGGGGACUACAACAUCAAGCCUAACUUCUGCUUUGCCCUCUCAACCUGCAACAUCGGGGACUACAACAUCAAGCCUAACUUCUGCUUUGCCCUCUCAACCUGCAACAUCGGGGACUACAACAUCACGCCUAACUUCUGCUUUGCCCUCUCAACCUGCAACAUCGGGGACUACGACAUCAAGCCCAACUUCUGCUUUGCCCUCUCAACCUGCAACAUCGGGGACUACAACAUCAAGCCUAACUUCUGCUUUGCCCUCUCAACCUGCAACAUCGGGGACUACGACAUCAAGCCCAACUUCUGCUUUGCCCUCUCAACCUGCAACAUCGGGGACUACAACAUCAAGCCUAACUUCUGCUUUGCCCUCUCAACCUGCAACAUCGGGGACUACAACAUCAAGCCCAACUUCUGCUUUGCCCUCUCAACCUGCAACAUCGGGGACUACGACAUCAAGCCCAACUUCUGCUUUGCCCUCUCAACCUGCAACAUCAGGGACUACAACUUCAAGCCCAACUUCUGCUUUGCCCUCUCAACCUGCAACAUCGGGUACUACAACAUCAAUCCCAAUUUAUGCUUUGCCCUCACAACCUGCAACAUCGGGGACUACAACAUCAAGCCUAACUUCUGCUUUGCCCUCUCAACCUGCAACAUCGGGGACUACAACAUCAAGCCCAACUUCUGCUUUGCCCUCUCAACCUGCAACAUCGGGGACUACAACUUCAAGCCCAACUUCUGCUUUGCCCUCUCAACCUGCAACAUCGGGUACUACAACAUCAAUCCCAAUUUAUGCUUUGCCCUCACAACCUGCAACAUCGGGCACUACAACAUCAAGCCCAACUACUGCUGCAUCAAGCACUACCACUUCUUCAACACCUCUGUCCAGUAUGUCGCUAGAUAAUAACCCGAACUUUAGUUCUAAGGAACAGAAUCAAACUGAGAAUGCUGAGAAUGCAGCAAAUACCAUGAGUAAAAUUAAUAUUAUUGCGGAGUUAAUGGGCAAUAGGACCACAGCAAGAAUCACAAUUGGUAAAAUUCAAGGAGUGUUUGCUAAACUGACACAACAAAAUCAGAAUAACAAGAACUUUGUCUUCGCAUCAAAUGGAGAUGUAAAGAUUUUAUCAGAAAGCAACAAUUUGGCGACAGACUACACUCUAUCAGUUCAUCUUCCAAAAGAAGCCAGUGAAAUGGCCGUAAAGAAAAAUGGCUCCUAUAUUGGAAUUUUGCUUUUUCCAGAAAUUCCUAAGAUCAACGCAACAAGUUAUUUUUUUAAUAAUCAAAUCCUGGGGAUUGAGAUGGGAGUGAACAUAUUUAACCUUUCAGAGACCAUCAAUAUUCAGUUCAGUAACGUGAAUACGACUGGACGGAGUGUUUCUUGCGUUUCAUGGGAUGGGAGAAGUAACCAGCCAGGUGGCGCACACAACUGGAUUACAGAUGGCUGCAAAACAAUGGAAGUCAACAGCAGCGUCAUAUGCCAAUGCUCUCACCUUACCUUCUUUGCUCUUAUUAUGUCACCAGGGAAUAAAAAUAUUAGUUAUUCUGACUUGAAAACCCUGACCCAAAUCACAAAAGCUGGCUGUGGCAUAUCCUUGUUCUUCCUGGGUGUGACUCUCUUCAUGCAUUUUCUCGUAAGGAAAAAUAAAGCCAGUGAGGCUGUAAAGAUCCUCAUGAAUCUCUUUGUCGCCCUGUUCCUCCUGAACCUUUGCUUCUUGAUAAAUGAGUCAAUCGCGAAACUGAAGGUCUUAGCAGCUUGUGUGGUGAUGGCAGCGGCUCUGCACUACAGCAUGCUGGCCACAUUCACAUGGUUCUUCAUGCAGGCCUUGCACCUGUACUUCAAUCUACACCAGAUCUCCACAGACAUAAAAUAUUACAUAUGCAAGAUUUGCAUCGCGGGAUGGGUCAUUCCCGCUCUGAUUGUGAUUGGACUUCUUGCCUCUAGUAACUAUGGUAACGUGGAAAUUUCUGAUAAUAAUGGGACUUCAGUAAACAUGUGUUGGAUCACUGACUCUACAUUACACUUAGGAGUGAACAUUGGUUACUAUGGAAUUGUGUUCAUCUUCACUUUAACCGUAUUCCUUGUAACUGUAGUGCAGAUCACUAAAUUUGCAUCUAAAGCAGACAACAGGGACAAAAUUUCUACCAAGAAAAGGUUUUUCUCUCUUCUGGGUCUUUUCUGCCUUUUGGGCAUCAGCUGGGGAUUUGCUUUUUUCAGCUACGGCCCUCUGCUCCUUCCCUCCUACUACAUCUUUACCAUCCUCAACUCCUUUCAAGGAUUCUUCUUGUUCGUUUAUUACUACUUCUCCAGCAGAAUUCGUCCAGAGGACAGAAAACUAUCCAAGAACAGCAGCCGCGCCACAGAGAAUAUGUCCAUCACAUUUCCUUAUGCAUAAGCUCCUAAUUUUUCAAUGUUUUGUUUCUCUCACCAUCGUGAACAUGGAAAUGUAUUAUGGCAAAAUUGAAAUCUAAUGCCAAAAGUACUUCAGUUCAGGAUUUUUUGAGUUAAAAACCAGUUGAAUAUAUUAUUUUUAUUUUCUGCUGAUAACAAUAUUUUUCAAUCCAUAGAACUUUUCUGUAAACAUAACGGAUAUUUUAAUUCUCUGUGAACAUAAAUAUACCACAAGGACAUUACUACUUAAUAUGCUAUAUUUUGUACACUGGUCUUCAGUUAUGCUAAUACCAGCACCAUGGUUACUUGACUUCAAAAUCGAUAUUUAUUUUUCAAAGCCACAUGUUGGAAGUGAGCACAUACAAACCCACACAAAUUCAGCUGCAGCGCUCCUUUCAAUCUAUCAAUGACCACAGAGGUUGUGAUCGUUUAAAUUGUGUAGCUUUGAAUAUUCCCCUUUUGUCUCUACAGACUGUUGAAAGUAGAAGUUUAUUUAUUUUCUGCUAAAGCUAAAAUAUCAGACUUAGACAAGUUUAAAAUGAGAUGAUUGAAUUAGAAGUCCUUUUACCUGCGGCGGAAACAAAGUGGGGCAAAUAACUGCUCUGGAAAACUAUCCUGGUUCCAGGAAAAUGUCCUAGUGCACCGUCAAACACCUUUUUGGUUAUAUAAGAUUUGUGAGAUUGUUUGGACACUAGAGGGUAGCAUUUUACUGUUGAGACAACUUUCUCUGCUUUGCAUGCAACAUAAAAAGUCUACGGUCCUCAGCUGCUGCUGAUCUGGUUUAUCUUCCCUCAGAUGAAGAGAUGGAGAACUCUUCUGCAAGUCAUUAGUCUGGAUGACUCCAUGUUUCAAUGAAAGUCUUGCCUUACUUUCUAUAUGAACCCCAAAGCUUCAGUGGAAUGCAAAGUGAGAAUGAUUAGUAAGAUAAAUAUGACCAUUUUACAACUGGUGAGCAUGUCAAAUGAGAGGAAGAUGGUAAAGCACAAGGUUGGGGGGUGAGGGAAGCUGGAGGGGUGUGCAUAGAGUCGGGGGGCCAACCUCAAAUCGGUUAGUCUGUUGCGUGCCUGCAGAUAAUUACCUUGAGCCGACAGAGCAGCUUCCACUGGCUGACAAGAAAUGACCUCAUCGUUACCUGCAGGAAUAACAUCCCUUAGAGGACGUUAUUCACUUGAAACCAUUUGCCAAAAUUUAACUCUGUUAGGUGAAUCCAUCUUUAAGCAAUAUUUGAAUACUGAAACUGGAUCCUUUUAAACCAGAACAUUUACAUAAAAUGGCAACAAAAACAAGAAAGAAAAAUAGAACUAGAGGCGUCAGGUUAUUUAUCUCAUCUUUGUUAAAAUGUUUUUUUAUUUGCUGUCAAUGUAUAUAUAUAAAUAUUCUUCAGCAAAACCUUUGCAUAUUGCAGCAGGUAAUGCAUAAUUUGCACUUUUCUUCAAGAGAUUCAAAACAGCUUGUAUUGCCACAAAGAUACGCACAUCCAAAAAUUCACUAUAGUGGGUUAUGGGCCAAAGAUGUCAAAAGUGGAAAUAAGAGAGAUAGAACUUCACAUCAAAUAAAGCUCCAAUGUUAAUAUAUUAUAUUUCACUUUGGUGACAACUUACAUGUAUUUAUAUCAUUUUUCUGCUGCUGUAAUUGUUGGAGCAUGUAUUGUCAUUAUUAAGUUAGAUUGAUUUUUACUUUUUUAAGACUCAAUCAGAAAGGUGUAACUCAGAUAUUCAAGGAUGGUGUUUAUGAUGCUUUAUUGUCCGACCAUCUUCUUUGUUUUUACAUUAAUUAUGUAUACAUGCAGUUGUGACAUAUAUUUUGACAUAAUGCCCUUUUUGUUUUUAUUUGUAAAGAUUUGCUUUUUGUAAAAAUGGAAUAGAUUUUCUCUCUUUUUCACAGGACAAAGUCUCAGAUUUUUUAUAUUUUACAUUUAUGUCAAAUCUUUUAUAAACACACACUAUGCAGAAUAAAUGUCAUGUAAUAAAAUGUGAUUUCCUUAA